AGCAGGCUCCAUGCACUGGGAGCCCGACGUGGGAUUCGAUCCCGGGUCUCCAGGAUCGCGCCCUGGGCCAAAGGCAGGCACCAAACCGCUGCGCCACCCAGGGAUCCCAGUUUUAAUGUUUUAAAACCCACAAUGGUAGAACUAGAGAGGACACUGUUGACUUCGCUGCUGAGUGGAAUGGAGGUGCCAUCCCUGGAGCAGUUUUCUUGAUCCGUCAUUGCAGCCCUGGCUCCUUCUGGCAGCAUCCCUGGCAUCUCUUGCUGUUAGGGACCAGAAACUCCUUAGGAUUGACAGGGCAUGCUGAACUAGUCUCAGGUAGGAGGACUUGAGCUUUUUUCCAUGUAUUUGUACAGAGGUUGGUCUAAGAUUUUACUUUAAUUUUUAUUUUUUUUUUAGAUUUUAUUAGAGCACCCAUGAGCUCGUGCAAGCAUGAGCAGAGUGGGGAGGGGCAGAGGGAGAGGGAGGACCAGACUCCCUGCUGAGCGGGGAGCUCCACUUGGGGGCUGGAUCCCAGGGUCCUGGGAUCAUGACCUGAACCGAAGGCAGAUGCUUCACUGAAUGAGUCACCCAGGCACACCCCUAGGAUAUUUUACUUCGGAACAUCUCUCCCACUUGUUUUUAGUUUUUUGGGUUUGUUUUGUUUUGUCUUGGUUGAGUAGAUGGUUAUAUUUUCACUUUUUUUAGGUGGGAGUUUUCUGAAUCUUCUUUACCAAAAGAGUGGAUUGCAUCUUAAUAUUUCCCUCUUUUUCUCAUGUUUCUUCCUGGGGAAGGAGAAAUAUAUUUAUUAUGACAGAAUUUAGCAUUUUUUUAGGCCCAUAUCGGAAAACUGACAAGUGUAGGAACUGCUAUAUGUAGAAAUGGUAACAUUGGUUUGGAAAAUGAAAGCCAAAAAAUGAGUGGGAAACAGAUGAGGGGUCAUUAGCCUUGUUUUCUUUUUCAGUAAAUCCUUCUAGUAUUAAUACCUAGUUUAAAAAAUACCUAGUUUAAUAAAACUGAUUUUAAAGAUCUGCACCUUUUAUGACAUUUCAUUGAACCACUUUUAUGACAUUUUAUGACAUUUCAUUGAACCACUUUUUGUUGUGGCAAAAGUGUGUCUCCAUUACUGAUGAAAUGGGAGCAGACUUUUUUGUAUGUUGUCUUUGUGGUACAGAUCUGGGGAGAAUGUUUGGUGGUAACAUUUUAGUAACCUCUAGGUCAUGAAAUAUGAUUUAGUUUGGGUAUCUUUAAAGCUGGAAUCUAUAUCCCUGGUUGAAAUCUUCCUAAGAGAUUUACCUUUGACCAGGUCAGCCUGUUGUGUUGUGCCAUAGACCAAGAUGAACAGUGCUGCAUCUAGUCCAGGCCUUUCUGAGGUUAGAUUGAAGGACCCCCAUCCACAAUGCUCUUAGAGCCUUUCUCUUUUCACAGAAUUGGAGUUUACAUGGAGGACAGGGUAGAGAGCUGCUGUGCUUUCCUAUUUCCCAACUGUCGGGGCCAGUUGGCCUUUUGUUUUUUUUUUGUUGGUGCUGACACCCUUUUUUGGUUUUGGUGAAUCCUGCUUUUUCAUAAAGCUCCCUGGCAUUUUCUACAGUUUGUGUGAGAGAUGGGCACUGUGCUAUAUAUGUCUUAUGGGCCAUUUUGUACUCAUACGUGUCCUGGCUGUGUGUGCUGUAGCUCCUGUCAUCGCUGUAAGUUCAACUUUGUCAAUAAAGAGAAUGUCUCAAAUUGGAUGAAAGAUGGCUGUGUGGUAUGGUUUGUGGGAUGGAUUCUGAUGUUCUGUUUUGUGUUCUGCACAUGGAAUUAUAUCUCAUUUUCCUCAUUCUAAACUUGGCCAACUGACUAGUCAGGUGGAAGCCCUUGGAGUUCCACAGUGACUUCAUAGAGGAGCUAGUUUGGACUCAGGGACACCUGUCAAGAUGUCUCAGUUGAGAUGGAAGUCGAAAACCAAUAUAUUUCUGUCAAAAAUAGCCAGCAAGGUUACUUGGGAAGAACAACUUGGGUCAGGGUCAAAACCAUCAUCUUCUGAGGACUUAAGAGAGAGCCCUCAGUCUCAAGAGGCAUCCACCCCAGGUGGAUUCCAGAAGAAUGAGGAGGUUCUUAGCUCCCCAGCAUCAACUGUCACUCUUAGCCAUCAUGAGUCUCAACUGUUUACCCAGCUACACAUGGUCAAGAUGGAGAAAAUGUUUGAGGAUGAUGUUGACUCGACUGGAGCCCUGGACAUGAAGACUUUCAUUAAGGCCAUAAAGAAGAUUCUGAGCAAUGCGUCAGAUGAGAUGCUAGAGGCGCUGUUUUUGAAGGUGGACACAGACUGUAAUGGCUCCAUUACCUGGCAGGAGUACGUGGAUUACGUGAUGCGGGAGUUACAGAGAAGGGAGAGGAUGAGAACAAGCCAGUACCGCCUGCACUUCCACCUUCCCAUGAGGAUCAUUCCCCUGAACCAUGGAUGCGAGAUUGUGAAGGUGCAGUUCUUAACUCAGCGGUUCAAGAAGAUGGGGCACCUUCUGACUGUCACCAAGGACGGGAUCUUGCAGAUCUGGUCUGAAUCCUUCUCGCUGCUUAACUCCUUUAGGCUUAACCAGAUCCAUCAGCCCUAUAACCAGCAGAUGUGGGUCACUGAUAUGGUGUGUCUCCAUAACAUGAACCUGAUUGCGAUUGCAUCAACUGACCAGAAAAUAGAGUUCUUUGAUAUUACCAACCAUAAUUGUGCCCGGGCCUUCACCUUCAUUGAUCUGGACAGCUGUGUCCUGACCAUGGACUAUUGGUCCGACUAUCACAGAGGUGUAUUCUGCUACGGGGACACCAAAGGCAAUGUCAUUGUCUUCACCUCUGACAAUGUGACCCACGGGCUGUUCAACCCUCGAAUCCUUCCCAGGACCUCCAAAUGGGAUCACUGGACCAAAGUUUCUACACGGAAGCUUCUAAAUGAGAAGUCUCCUUUGUACAGGAGUUAUUGGCUAAAGGCUCUCCAUCCCAACUGGUGCCAACAGGUCAAGUUCAUUCCUCAGCUGAACACAGUGGCCUCCUGUUCGGCCAUUGAGAAGUCCUCUCUGGUGCUAAUAGCAUUGCCAUCUAAAGCCCCAGAGAGCCCCAAGUUUUCAGUGCUGAACUUAAGAAAAGGGAUUCUUUGCUUCGAUUACUGCCCAGACAAGAACUUAGUGGUGACUGGUGGCUAUGACCCCCUCAUCCGCCUGUGGAACCCCUUCUUCUCAAAAAAGCCUGUGUGGAUGAUGAAGGGGCAUCAGACUUCCGUGACGCACAUCCUCGUGAACAGCAAGAACAGCAGCAUCCUCCUCAGCAUCUCCAAGGACAAGAAUAUCCGUGUGUGGGACAUGCAGGACUACAUAUGCCUCCAGUCCUUUUCCGGGAAGCUUUUUGCCCUGGGAAACUGCCCCAUCACCAGUGUCUACUUCCACAAGAAUGAAGACAGUCUCAUCUGUAGCACCUUUUCAAUUGGGAUCCUAAAAGGGUACUUGGAGACUGAGGGGCCUGGGAAACCAAGGGAGAGGACCACAACUUAUAGCACACCCCUGUGCGCUGUUCUCUACAGCAAGAUUUUUAAGCAGGUGGUAAGCGGCUGCCUGAGCAGCUUGGUGAGUGUGUGGGAGAUCAAGACAGGCAAGAGGAUGAUGGAGUUCUCUGUGACUGGCGACCAGCAAGUGGAGCUGACCACCAUGUGCCUGGAUGAAUCCGAGCGGUGCCUGCUCACGGGUUUGCGCGACGGCACCAUAAAGAUGUGGAACUACACUGUGGGUGAAUGCCUGCUGACCUUCCCCAACCCGGACCAGCUGGAGAUUAGCGGGAUUGUCCAUAUGAACAAAGUGUUCUACGUGACUGGAUGGAGUAAGAGAAUCACCUGUUUCAUGCUCCAUAAGACCAAGCCAGUCCUCCUGUGCUACCAAUGGCAGAGCUUCCACAAGGAAGAUGUUCUGAGCAUGGCCAAGUACCAAAACCAGUUCCUUGGGACCUCUUCCUACAAUGGAGAUAUUCUCUUCUGGAACAUCAACCUGUUCAAGCCCAUCCUCAAUUUCAAUGCUUCUAAGAGCCCCUGGCCUUUGCUGCCCAAGAAGAUCCAAGAAGUGGACAACUCCCUGGCUGAGAGCCUCCAGUCCAGCAAGCUUUGUGUGAAACAUAAGGAGUGGGCGUACAAACCAUCAACGCAGCCCCUGGGCCCCAGAGCCAGGGCUGUAGCCAAUGCCAACCUGCAACGGAACCUGAUGUCAGCUCCCCCAGUGAUGAAGCGCCCCAGAGACAAGGAGCCAGAAAAGCCCAUGCCCCCGCAGGUGGGAGCGGAGGUGAGGCAGAAACAUGUCAGUUCACAAAGCCCCAAGCUGUUAAGAAUGCCCCAUGGCAAACAGUCCAUCAUCAGAGACGCUCAAAGGAAAAGAGGGGAAUUCCAGAAGAAGAUACUACUGCAAUCCAACACAUCGGUGGAGAAGAUAAUCUUCCUGCAGACCAGGCCUCGCCUGCCACACAUAGCUGCCCUGCUGAGCAGCUGCAUCGAUGGCUACAUCUAUGCCUGGUCCAUCCACGGGAGCGGAGGCCUGUUGGGGAAGUUCCCUGUGGACUUCAAAAACCAGGGGGAUGUGGGUGUGGGUGCCAUGGCCACGGAUGAGAAAGACUUGAUCCUUGUCACAGGAGAUUGUAAAGGGCACAUCAAGAUUUGGGACAUCGAGGAUUAUUGCAUGUUCACCGACAAGACACCACUUCAACCCAGAGGGACAAACAAGUUCCAAUUCUUAAUUCCUGAGCAGGUCCAGAUCAACCUGCCACACUACAUCCCCUUGAAGGAGAAGGAGGUCAUGGCUGGCCAGACCAUUUCCCUGGUUCCCCCCAAGCUUCUGAAUGCCUGGAAGGGCCAUUUGGAUAGUGUGGCAGACAUCCUGUAUGUGGAUAGCUUCCAGCUGAUUAUCAGUGCUGGCCACGAUUGUGACGUCAAGGCUUGGAAACUCUCCGGUGACACCAUUGGGACGUUUGGCGUGAGUGUUUGGAAAGGGUUGCAGGAUAUUCAGACGGUUGGUGAUCUUGCACUAAGAAAAAGCUCAGAGGAGGAGGCUGACUCUAUAGAUGCUGCCCAGAAGGCCUUCCGUCCAGAGCUGCAGGAGGAGCGGGCUCUUGCCGAGGCCCUGGUGUACCAGCGGCGGGAGCAGGUGGCACUCAUGGCUCUCCUGAAUGGGAAGGCAGACGCGGAGGCUGAGGCUUGGGGUAAGCUGCAGAGGAUAACCCAGAUGUCCCCAUGGGCUGGAGAGCACUACUCAGAAGACGUUGAGCACAGCUGGCUCGAGUGGGAGUCCAAGGGCAAGCAGGUGAGCAAAAUCGUGGGAGGAGCAUACAAGGCCAAGGACCGGUCUCGGAGUCCCGGAGUCCUGUCCACUAAUGUGCAGUAUGGCUGGAUGAAGCACCAGAUUUCACCUCAGAUCUACCAAAGCCUGCACUUCAACCAGCUGUCACCCACCCACACACCUGACUUCCUGGUGCACAAUAUCCUAGGGCAUCACGGCCAGCACAUCUACCUGGUGACCCACAAUAGCCAAAAGGACCUGGAUCCCGAAGAGACCAACUCGUCUACUGCCUCUGUCUCCCCCAGCGACACCCUCACCCCGAAAGCCUCAGGCUCCGGGUUCCUGGAGUCCGCCUUGUCCACCUCCCCGUACCUCCAGCCCUCCCUCUCCCUCCUGUCCCAGCCAUCCAGGUAUGUCACGCAGAGGUCGGCGCCCCCCAUGCCUGUUGCCUCAUCUAUCAAACUGCUCUCAAGACCUCUGAAGGCCGCCCUUUCAUCCUCCAUGAAGAAGAGCCACGGCGUCAGGUUCUGAGGUGGCCUGGCCUCUCUCCAGUCCUGCAGCACAACGCCCAGGCCCACGGGGGUCCUGUCUGUCCCUGGCUUAUUACAAAUGCUGCCAGACCCACAGGCUAUAGCCUUUCUCCUUUGGACCUCCUUCUUCACCGGAGCCCCAGAGAAGAAAAUAAAUAUUUGCUGAUAUCUGAGUCCCAUAGGCCAGGAGGUUGGGUUUUGUGUCCCUUGCCCCCUUAGAUACCAGGCUGUGUCUGAGAUUGAGCCAUGUUCCCCUCAAUGGGGCCCCGGCUGGAUGCAGGGGAGAGUCCCCUCCCCCAGGACACCUGGUGCAGCUGUCUGGCAGUGAAGCACAGGCCCAGGGCCUCGAAGGUUCCUUGGUGAUGUGGAUGUGGCUGGUGGGUGGUGCUGCUGGGAUGAGCUGUUUGCUUCUGAAACUUGGUUCAGCCUCAUGGCUGGAGUGAGGCCCAGCAGCCAUCUGAGCUGGUAGCGGCUGUAUGUCUCCUGCCCUGCUGCGUGCCUGUCCUCCUCUGCCAUCAGGCACUCAAUAGAGGAAAUCCAGAAUUUACAGACUGUUCUGUCCCUCAUGCAAGGGAGGCUCAGAACCAUGGUGGAGGGCACUUCGGCCUGGCCCUGCCACUGGCACUCUGGACCUGGGUUCUCCAGAGCCAAAGCCUCUUGAUCCUUCCACUAUGUGCUGCUCUGGGCAAUGUCUUGGGUGUAGAACUCAGGGUGGCGAGGGCAGUGGUAAAAGCAGUGGCCCAGAGGUGGAGAGAGAGGGGUGGGGAUGGGAUGUUACAAUUACCAGGGCUCAGGGGAUUUUCUUAAAGGCCUCUGUGGAGCCCUUGCCUGGAGGGAGAUUCAGGUCCCCUUUAGGAUCUGAGAUUCUGCAUUCGGGGCCAUCUGGCUGGACACUGGGGGUCAGGACAGGUCAACCUCGGGAAGCUUCCUUCUGACUCUGUGUGAGGCCUCCCUUCCCCUCGAGGACCUGGCCCCGUUACAGCAACAUUUUCCUGCCUCUGCCCACACAUUUUGGUUUAGGCGCAUGGUAGGUACCCAAGAAAGUCUGAGUCCUACCUCCUACUCCAGCAGCAGCUAACCAUGGGGAUCUGUCUCUGCCGAGGGAGCCUGCGGGCGGCCCCUCUGACUGGCAGGCACCCCUGGCGCAGAAUCCCAGGCCCAGAAGGCACCGCCACGGUGAUGUGAGCCACCCUUUGUCUCUCCUACUGCUCACACUGGCCCCUCCUGGUCAGAGCCCUAGAUGGGGUAUGGGACUGAUUAUCCUGGAGCAUCAAGGUCAGAAGGAGCUUAGAACCCAGCUGAGGAACUGGAGGUCAGUGUCACAUAGAGUUGGUGAGUGGGUAAGCUGGGUUGGUGGCCUGGGGUCCUGUCUCCUGGUCACUUGUGCUUGCCUGAGCCCCACAGCAUCCCCCUCCUCUCCCCAGGCCCAGGCGCCGCCGGCACAACCACCCCAGUCUCUUCUCUGCCUGCUAUCUGCCUUCUGCAUCAAUGGCCUUAAAAAAAAAACAAAACUUAUAUUUAGCUCUCUUCUGAUUCUAAAAGUAGCACAGGCCGAGUACAGAAAAAUCAAAAAAAUACCGAAAAGCAUAAAAGCCAAUAAAAACCAUCUGGAUUCCA